AUGAACUCUCAACCACCUCCGCCAGGGCAGGGCGGCCAGUAUUACGGAUACCAGGGAGCUCCUCCACCUGGACAGCAACCAUAUCAGCAACAAGGCUACUACAACUACGGUCAGCAACCACCUCCAGGGCAAUAUUCAGGACAAGCACCACCGCCUGGCCAAUAUCCCGGCCAAGGUCCUCCUCCGCCAGGACAGUAUCCGAAUCAGCAAUAUCCCCCUGCCGGUGCUCCUCCACCACAAGGACAACCGCCAUACCAAGGUCAACCACCAUAUGGUGCUCCUCCAGCUGCUCCGUAUGGUCAAGCUCCCUAUGGACAACAGCCUCCGCCUCCUGGUGGUGCGCCAGCGCCUUAUGGCCAGCAACAGCCGGGGUAUCCGCCGCAGCAAUAUGGAGGCAUGCAACAGCCACCAAAUCAGCAAUGGCAGCAGCCUCCUGCGGGCCAGCCCUACGGCGGUUAUCAAGUCCAGCCGACUCCAGCAUCUCCUGGAUACGAUCCGGCGCAGAAGCAAUGGGCACAGCACGUCGACACUACCCUUGACGCGGAGACUUUGCGCAAAGCGAUGAAAGGCUUUGGGUGUAACGAACGAGCCAUCAUUGACGUGUACACCAUGAGCAAGUACCAGAACCCGUGGGCCAUGCAGCAACUUGUGCGAGACUACAACAGCCGAUUCAUGCGGGAUCUCGCCAAGGAUAUCGAGUCCGAAACUAGAGGCGACUUCGAAACAGCCCUUUUGGCGCUCACCCGUGGACCGCUCGAGAAUGAGGUGUUCAUGCUUGAGAAGGCAUUGAAUCGCGCCGGAACUGACGAAGAAGCCCUCAACGACAUCCUUCUGUGUCGCUCCAAUGCCGACAUCCGCGCCAUUGUCGCAGAAUACCGCAAGAGACACGGGCGUGAACUUCUCACCGAGAUCAAAUCCGACGUCGACGACACUCUGUUCCGUCUGUACAGCAUGGUUCUCUCGGCCAACCGAGCAGAGGAUGCAGCUCCUGUAAUCCCGGCUGAGAUCGACCAGAAGAUUACUGAGUUGCAGCGCGCGACUGAGGGCCAAAUUGGCGCCAAUGCAGUUGCGGUUGCUCAAAUCCUGACCAGCUCCAAUAGCUCACAGAUUCAUGCCAUGAGCGACGCAUACCAGAGAAAAUAUCACCGCAACUUGCAGGAUGUUAUUGAGAAGGAAUUCCGCGGUGACAUGGAGGACGCACUGCUGUUCAUGUUGACCUCUGGCAUGGAUCGGGGCAAAGCCGAUGCGCAGGGUAUUCGGAGUGCUGUAACGAAGACGAUAAGGAAGGACAGGAUUUUGAUCAAUCGCGUGUUUAGAUUGUACCUUGAUCGGGGUCGGUUGGAUGCUGCAAAGGCGGCAUACAAGAGGUUAUAUGGCGCGACGAUGACCAAGGAUUUGAGAGAGUAUUUGUCGGGAGAUUAUGAAAACCUUUUGGUUGCGAUGACGGGGAAAUAA